GGUAAGAAAACUUUUGGCAGCACGCAUUAGAAGGUUUACAUCAUACAACAGUGACGGAGCAAGGAGAAGUAACUAGAAAACCAAUACGGAUAUGGAAAAGGAGAAGGAGAGCAACAAGAAGAGAAGGCAUUUUGUGUUGGUUCAUGGUGCCUGCCAUGGCGGUUGGUGCUGGUAUAAGGUAUCUGCUUUGUUGAAAUCUGGUGGUCACAAAGUGACAGCCCCGGACAUGGCUGCCUCCGGUAUCCAUCCAAAGAAGGUUGAAGAGCUGGCUUCCAUAACCGAAUAUGUGGAGCCACUGAUGGAGUUGCUGGAAUCUCUGCCUUCAGAGUCAGAGGAGAGAGUGAUAUUGGUGGGUCACAGCUUCGGCGGUAUCUGCAUAUCCAUGGCCAUGGAAAUGUUUCCCAAAAAGAUUGCAGCUGCUGUCUUUCUAUCUGCUUUCAUGCCUUCUCCCGACCGAGGCUUUCUCACUCUCUACCAAGAGUAUAACCAAAGACUGGACUCUAAUAUGGACUCGAAGAUUCUGUUUGACGAGAACGCCCACAAUACUAUUAACCCAAAUGGAUCUAUGAUAUUUGGGCCUCAAUUCUUAGCAUCCAAGUUAUAUCAACUGUCUCCAGUUGAGGAUAUGACCCUAGCAAUGUCAUUGCUUAGACCAACACGUGUCUAUGGAGACCAAGAAAUGUUACGAGAGCAAACAAGAGUUACAAGGGACAAGUAUGGUAGUGUGGCCAAAAUAUACAUAGUGUGCGAACAAGACCAAGUGUUGAAGAAGGAUUUUCAACUGUCAAUGAUUGAAGGGAACCCAGAAAUCGAAGUGAAAAAUAUUGCUGAAGCUGAUCAUAUGCCCAUGUUCUCUAAACCUCAAGAGCUUUUCUCUUACCUUCACCACAUUGCAAACACCUUUUAUUAAUUAGCAUCUGAAUAAUGCAUGUCUCCCUUUAUUUAAA